ACACACACACUGACCAUGUCCGCGCGCCCGCUGAAACACACUUGCAGCUGCUGGAGCGACACACACUGAUGGAGGAGCUGCCGAAACUGCCGGUCCCGGAUCUGAAGCUCUCGCUGGACUCGUACCUGCGGUCCGUGAAACACCUGGUGUCCGACACACAGUUCGGGAAGACCAGAGCCGCGGUGGAGGCGUUCGGGAGAGCGGGAGGAGUCGGAGAGACACUGCAGGAACAGCUGAGGGAGAAGAGGGAAAACACUGAGAACUGGGUGUACGACGUGUGGCUGGACGACAUGUAUCUGAAGAACCGACUCGCUCUGCCUGUGAACUCCAGUCCGGCGCUCGUCUUCCCCAAACAACCAUUCAGACACUAUAGAGACUCUCUCACAUUUGCUGCUCGCCUCAUUCUGGGUGUUUCUCAGUACAAGACUCUGGUGGACGGGAAGGCUCAGCUGGAUGGUCAUCUCUGCAUGGAUCAGUACCAGCGUCUCUUCAGCUCCUCCAGACGGGCCGGACUCCAGCGCGACACACUCGUCACAGCAGACGGCGCGCACGUCAUCGUGGCCUGCAGGAGUCAGUUCUUCGUGCUGAACCUGACUGAAGGAUCCUGUCGGCUGAACGAGGCUGAUGUUCAGGCUCAGCUGCAGUGGAUCUACGAGCAGACGCAGACGCAGACGCAGACGCAGCCGGCCGUGGGACUGCUGACCGCUGACGGACGAGCGGAUUGGGCUUCAGCCAGAGAACAGCUGCUCAAAGAUCCAGUGAGCCGAGAGUCCGUGGAGCUGAUGGAGAGCUGCAUGUGUGUCGUGUGCCUGGAUGAUCCGGCGGGACUCGAUCCCAGCGACGCCAACAGAGCGUCACUGAUGCUGCACGGCGGAGGACAGGAGAAGAACGGGGCCAACCGCUGGUACGACAAACCCCUGCAGUUCGUGAUUGGUGCCGAUGGUGUGUGUGGGGUGGUGUGUGAGCACUCGCCGCUCGAGGGCAUCGUUCUGGUGGAGUGCACUGAACACGUCCUCAAACACAUACGGAGCAGCUCCUGUAAGCCGGUCUCCGGUCGGAGUGUGUCUGAACUUCCUCAUCCGCGCAGAUUACUGUGGAAAUGUUCGUCUGGGAUCCGGAGUGCGCUGGCCUCCGCCGCUGACCACCUGCAGAGGCUGGUGAUGGAUCUGGACAUGAGUGUUUUCACUUUCACUGCUCACGGGAAGGAGUGGAUCAAGCGGCAGAAGAUGAGUCCCGACGCCUACAUUCAGCUGGCUCUACAGCUGGCCUUCUACAGGUACACACACUCCUGUUCGCCACUCUCUGCUGGACUGUCACGACCUCGUCUCGUCGUGUGUGUGUGUGUGUGUGUGUGCAGAUCUCACAGAAGACCCGUCUCCACCUACGAGAGCGCUUCCCUCCGCCGCUUCCGCAAGGGACGCGUGGACAACAUCCGCUCGGCGACUCCCGAGGCACUGGCGUUCGCCAAGGCGAUGACAGACGGCAGAGCGUCCACUCAGGACAGCGAGAAGAUGGAGAAACUGCGAGCGGCUGUAGAAGCGCAGACACAGAUCACAGCUCUGGUCGUCGCAGGGAUGGGGAUGGACAAUCACUUACUAGGACUACGAGAAAUGGCCAAAGAGAUGAAAAUGGAGACGCCAGACAUUUUCUCUGAUGAAACGUACCACAUCAGUAACCAUUUCAUCCUGUCCACCAGUCAGGUCCCUACGACAGAGGAGAUGUUUUGUUGCUACGGUCCAGUGGUUGCCGACGGUUACGGCGUGUGCUACAACCCGCAGGCCGACCGCGUGCUGUUCUGUGUGUCCAGUUCCAGGGAGAGCUCAGAAACAUGCUCAGGGCUGUUGGUUCGGGAGCUGGACGCCGGGCUGAGGGACAUGAUGCUCCUGUGCGGACCGCAGACUACAGCGGCAGGCCGUCCGAGACCACAGUGAAGAACUACAGCGGCAGAUCCACACUGACACACAACAGACCUUCGCUCGAUGACUGUAACGUGAAGAACAGAUCACUUCACAGACAUGUCAUUUUUCACAUUCAGGUUAGAUAAAGCUUUAAGUUUAGGUUUAACUUUAGUUCUUAACCAGACACAAUGUUUAGUGUGAUUGGAGGAAACGCUGAUAAAAAAAUAUUUUAAAGGAAUUACUGUCUGUGGACAUUAGAUUUUAAUAUAUUAUAUUUAUUAUGCUAUAAUAAAACAGCUAUUAACCAGUACUCUACAUUAUUGCUGUAAAAAAUAUUCUAUUUAAAACAGUACUUAGAUUAUAUUUCCAUUUUAUUAAUAUGUUAAAAGUGCAAUAACACCGACAGAAUGUUCACACUACUUUCUGAAUCAAUCAGUGUCUCUGACCGAAGCCACAAAUAAAACUAAUGUCAUCCAUCCAUCAUAUUAGCAUCUUGAUAUUUACAUAGCUUUUAAAAUAGUUAAAAACUAAAGAACGUAUAAGUUUACAUGUUAGUUGGUAGUCUCUAAAAGAACACUUUAAUGCUGCUAAUAUCACUACGACUAAUCAAACACAGACACACACACACACACACACACAAAUAAUAUCUGUAAAAUAUCCUUCAUGAUGGCUGCUGCGAGAAAUGAUGCAUUAAAAGAACUUAACAUACAUAAUCUCAGAUAACUGCAUAUGAAUAUAAAGAAGAUCCAGUGUGUGUAUUACAGUGUGUGGAUGUACUAUGUAUUUUGUGUCUAUGUAAUAUAUAUAUAUAUAUUUGUGCAAUAAAUUCAGUAAAUGUUCAAUGUUAAAUGCUGUGAGAUAGAUUAAGUAUAUUUGCACUAGAGACAUAUAAUAUGAGAGAUAUAUGCAUUAAUAAUCCUCAUCAAUGUGAACUUCUGACUUACAUGUAUCUGUUGCUGUAAAUACUGUCCUGGUUCUUGUUCAUCUUGUUUGUAGUUUACGGUGUGUGUUGAUGUCUGAUGGAGACUGAAUAAAGAGUCAGU